AUGUGCCAAAUAAAAAACAAGUUAUUAUUAUUAGACUCAUCCACUCAGCCUAAUUACUUGAUUCUUUCAAACAAAAACAAUACGUAUUUAGUCCUCAAUAAAUAUUUACUUGUCAAACACUCCAAACCAAAAAUGCCCCUCCUUCCCAAGACUCCGCUCCCUUUAACCCUCCUUUAUAAACUCCUCGGGAUCAUCCAAUUCCCCAUCAGCGCCCACUUUUCCUUCAUGUCCCGUUUCUUGUGCCUCCCUUUCUACUCCUACUUUUUCUACCUCUCCUACAUCUACACAACCUACUCCCGAAAACUCUCCGGAAUUUUCAAAUACAUCGACCAAAUGGCCGGUUACACCGGCUUCCUGGCCAUGUUAACGUCCAUGGUAAUGUUUUACAAACGCAGCAACGACUUAAAAACCCUCCUAUCAAACCUCGAAUCGAUCCAAAUCUACUCAAUCAAGCCCAAAGAACGCAACUCGAACCAUUGGGUGCGAAGUGGCCUAUUUGCCUUAAUCACCGGCAAUGUCUUAUUUUACCCGUUUCUGCCAAGCGAUGUGAGCUACAACUUGUUCAGUUUCGUCCCUCUGGUGGUCAACGCUUUGGACCACCUCUUCCUCAACGACAUUCUCAGCGACAUUUGCGACAAAUUCGAGCAAAUCAACCAGCACUUCCGGCGCCAGAUCAAAUCCGUUGAUCUGUUCGUCAUUUUCCCGCUCACCAAAGCCGAAAAAGUGAGAAACUUGAAAGAGGACGAAGUCACGUUCAGCGUGCAAAAAAUCCAAGAACUGUCGCACUUGCACUACAAACUCGCCAAUUUCACGGUGAAAAUCAGCGGAUUGUUUGAAAUCACCACAAUCACGGCCAUGGUGAUGUGGUUCGGUUAUGUGAUCGAUACGAUGUAUCUCUUCAUUCACAUCAGGUCGAGACAGGAAGACACCGACACUCUUGUAGUCAUCUACACCUUCAACUUGUUUUACUUAUGUUUCUGCUUCUAUUGGCUGCUCGUGAUGGUGGCAAUGUUUAGCCGAACGCAACAAAGCGCCAACAAAACGGCCACUUUUGUCCACGAAAUUUGGAACAAGUACGCCCUCAAAAACGAGGUGGACAAAAGGGUGCGACACUUGCAGUUGGUCGCAAUUAGGCUCCUCAAUACCAAACUGCAAUUCACUGCGAAGGAUUUUUUCAAUUUGGACUGGACGUUCUGUCACAUGGUGAGCCACAAGUGGCUUAAUUACAUUAACCAAUUUGAGGCAAAUUUCAGAUGA